AUGGAGUUGAGCUCCGCGCCCCAACCUUCAGGUGACCCCGCGCGGUGGCGGCAGAGGCAGCGGCGGCUGCAGCGACCAGAGCCCGCAGCAGCUAGGAGCGCCUCCGGGAGGACAGGCGGCGAGCUCGGUGAAUCGUCAUCUGCCAGCGGAGCGCCGAGCUUCGGCGGGCCGUGGCUGGCGGCGGGAGUAGCGAGUCGGGGCCGCCCCGGCUACGCUUCGCCCGGGCAUCGGCGGCGGCGGCGGCGCCCAUGGCUCAGGGUACGGCCAGGGUGCGCGCUGCUCUCCCUGCUCUUCAGCCUGCUACUACUGCUGCUGCUGCGCCUGCUCUGGUGCCCCACCGACGCKCCCGCCCGCUCCAGGCUCUUGGUGGAUGAAAGCGAGGAGGAUCCCCAGGGCACUUCCCCAGCGCUGAGAAUACUCAGGAGCCCCGCGCCCCCGGUACCUCGCACCACGAACAGCACAUAUCUGGAUGAGAAGUCACUCCAACUGACAGAGAAAUGCAAAAAUCUGCAAUCUGACCUCAAUUCUUUAUUUAACAGAACGAAAAGACAAAAAGAAGAUGAUUACCUUCAGAUCAUCACAGAUAUCCAGAACUGUCCUUGGAAACGACAAGCAGAAGAAUAUGAAAAUUUCAGAGCAAAACUUACUUCCUGUUGUGAUGCUAUUCAAAACUUCGUGGUUUCUCAAAAUAACACUCCUGUUGGAACUAACAUGAGCUACGAGGUGGAAAGUAAAAGAACAAUCCCGAUCGGAGAGAACAUUUUUCAUAUGCUUCCUGCGUCCCAGCCCUUUGUGGAGUAUCCUUAUAACCAGUGUGCCGUGGUUGGAAAUGGGGGGAUUCUGAAUAAUUCUCUCUGCGGAGCUGAAAUAGAUAAAUUCGACUUUGUUUUUAGGUGUAACAUCCCUCCAACCAACGGAAAUGUUAGUAAAGAUGUUGGCAGUAAAACCAAUCUUGUGACUAUAAAUCCCAGUAUAAUAAUGCUAAAAUACCAGAACUUAAAGAAGAAAGCAGAAUUUCUGCAGGAUAUUGCAACCUACGGAGAUGCGUUCCUUCUUCUGCCAGCCUUUUCCUACAGGGCAAACACUGGCCCCUCCCUAAAAGUGUAUCACACACUCAGAGAGUCCAAAGCAAGACAGAAGGCUCUCUUUUUCCAUCCCAAGUACCUGAAACAGCUUGGCCUUUUCUGGAGAACUAAAGGUGUGGAUGCAUACCGCUUGUCCACUGGCUUGAUGAUCGCAAGUGUUGCUGUGGAAAUGUGUGAAAAUGUGAAGUUGUAUGGGUUUUGGCCCUUCUCUAAGACUGUGGAGAACACACCUGUCAGCCAUCACUACUAUGACAAUCAGUUGCCUAAGCKCGGUUUCCAUAAGAUGCCCAAAGAAUAUAGCCAUUUCCUCCACCUUCACAUGAAAGGCAUCAUCAAACUACAAUUUGGCAAAUGUGAAACUUAG